AUGCCGAAGCGCCCCCGCAGCAAACACCUGGCGACGCGCGCGAGGAGGCGCCGGCUUCAGGACGCCGGCGCCGCGGCGUCAGGGAGCGGCCCCGCUGCGGCGGCCCCGGAGCCCGACCCGGGCGAUCCCGUCCCCAGUCACGGCGCCUUCGGCCGCAUGAUCGACGAGGCGGUCGGGCGCUUCGAGGCCCACUACCGGCUUCAGAAGCUGGUGGCCACAGAAGCCGAGUUCGAAGAACAACUGAGGAGCUGCAUCCGGCAGCCCCUGCCCGUCGCCUUCCGCCUCUGCGUGGGGGCAGGCCCGGGGCGGGCCGCGGCCCGGUCGGAGCUCGACGAGCUGCUGGCCGCCUGCGGCGAGGGCUGCACGACCGCCAGGGGCCGCUGGGUGCCCGCGCCGCGCCGCUUCGAGUUCUCGGACUCCGUGCAGCUGGCAUGCGACGCCAGGACGCUGCGCCAGGAGCAGCGGGAGGCUCCUGGAUCACCGCUGGCCGCGAUCGCCUCGUGGCUCGCCCGGCACGCCGGGGCGGCCGGCGUCGCGUCGCGGCAGGAGGUGGCCAGCACCUUGCCUGUGGCGUUGUUGGAGGUCGAGCCCGGGCACUCCGUGCUCGACAUGUGCGCCUCGCCAGGCUCGAAGACGAUGCAGGCCCUGGAGCGGGUGCACGACCGCCGCGGCUUCCUCGAGGCCUCCGGCAUGGUGGUGGCCAACGAGCUCUCCGCCGACCGGGGGCACGUGCUGGCCCGGCGGUGCAGCAGCCAGGGCGCCGCGUGCGCGCACUUCGCCGUGACCCAGUACAAGGCACAGGUGUUCCCGGGGCCGACCAGCUACUUCGACCGCAUCAUCUGCGACGUUCCCUGCAGCGGAGACGGCGCGAUCCGCAAGUACCCCGAGAAGUGGAAGAGCUGGGCUCCGCACCACGGGCGCAUGCUCCACUCCCUGCAGCUCCAGAUCGCCAUGCGCGCGGCCGCGCUCCUGAGGACCGGGGGGCUGCUGUGCUACAGCACUUGCUCCUUCAACCCGCUGGAGAACGAGGCCGUGGUCGCCUCGCUGCUCUCGAGGACCGGUGGGGCCCUGGAGCUGGUGCUGCAGCCUUCCAUACCAGGCCUCCAGACACGGCCAGGUCUCGCCAGCUGGGUUGUCGUCGAUGAGUCGUUGGGCUCCCUCGGCAGCUACGAGGAGGCCAUGUCGCGGCUGAGACCAGCGGAGCGCAGGCGGUACCGGCGGUCGAUGUGGCCCCCGGAGUCGGACCGCCGCCUCGACCGGUGCGUUCGGCUGCUGCCCUUCCUGCAGAACACCGGGGGCUUCUUCGUCGCCGUGCUGCGCAAGCGGAGCGACUGGCCCCCUCCCUCGCCGCGCGCGCCGCCAGACGCGUCGCUGGGCGCGGCGCCCCGAUGGCGUCCGCCCGACAGCGUCGAGCAGCUGCUGGAGGCCGUCGGCGGGCCGCUGACGGCGGGGCAGCUGCUGUCCUGGGGCGAGCGCGGGGCGUUCGCCUGUGGUUCGCGGCUGGCCGCCUUCGCAUACGCGCCGCGCCGGCGGCGCCUCGCCCUCGUCUGCGCGGGCGUGCGCGUCGCAGAGCGGCGCGCGCGUGGGGAGCUCUGGCGCCCGACGGCCGCCGCCGCGGAGCUCCUGGCGGCCGCGGCGGGCGGCGGCCGGGCGCCGGAGGCGAACGCCGCUGCGGCGAGGAAGCUGCAGGGGCUGCACCGCUGCGCUGGCUGCGGCCGUGAGCGGGCAGGCGUGUGCUUCUCGCGCAAGAUGCUGACCCGCCAGCCGGAGAAGCGCAGGUGCGCGGAGUGCGUGGCGCCGGUCGGCCAAGGAUCCACACAUGG